AUGCGAGGAACUCUUCGAUACGUUAGCCUCGAAGCCCACGCUCGGCACGACCUUGGUCCAAAUCACGAUCUGGUCGCACUGCUGUACUCCAUAAUUGAACUCGGAGAUGGAAGCCUUCCUUGGAGUAAAAUGCGAGAAGAAAGUGCUAUAAGGGAUAGCAAAAAGGAGACUACUGUAGAGAAGCUGUGUCAGAAACAGCCAAAAAUGUUGAAGAUGGCCGGG